UUGUUUUAAUAAAGUUUUUUUUAAACACAACAUGCGGAAGUGACAUAGCUCGUGGUGGGGGUCAAAGUUCACAGAAAUCUUACGUACUUCCUUUCCUGUUAGUGGUGGCCGUAGAACAGCAUCAAAAUGGGCAAGUUCAUGAAGCCUGGGAAGGUGGUGAUGGUCCUAGCUGGACGCUACGCCGGACGCAAAGCUGUCAUCGUCAAGAACAUUGAUGAUGGCACCACUGACCGUCCCUACAGCCACACUCUGGUUGCAGGUAUUGACCGCUAUCCCCGCAAGGUGACCGCUAGUAUGGGCAAGAAGAAGAUUGCCAAGAGGUCCAAGAUGAAAGUUUUUGUCAAGGUGUUCAACUACAACCACCUGAUGCCCACCAGAUAUUCUGUGGAUAUUCCUUUGGACAAAGCUGUUGUCAACAAGGAUGUCUUCAGGGACCCUGCUCUCAAGCGCAAAGCCAGGCGGGAGACCAAAGUCAAGUUUGAGGAGAGAUACAAGACGGGCAAGAACAAGUGGUUCUUCCAGAAGCUCAGAUUCUAAAAUUACUUGGUUUGUCAAUAAAUAAAAUUGAAAAAAAAAACUGA